UAGCUAGCAGCUAAAGAUAUCCUAGAGGCUGCAUCGGGCUUGCCUUUGGAUAGACUCAUAAAAUUGAUUCUAGGGCAGCAAAGAAGACAACCAACCAAACAGCCAAAUAGCCAAUCUUUCCUCCUAUUUUCUCUGUUUUACCAUGAGUUCUACCGAAGCUGCCGCUCUUGACGAUGCUCGCCUGAACGAAGUUGGAGACUUCUACUUGGCUUGCUACAACGAGUACUUCACUGGAAACAAGUCCUUUGAUGAAACGUUUGGAUCCAUUGUGGCGGAUGAUAUUGUGUUUUCGGAAAAUAUGAAGGAAAAGGUGGGGCUUGUCGCCUUUAAAGAGUACUAUGAAACUGCUUGGAAACCUGCCUUUGCAGGAUACGAAGCCCAAGUCAUUCAGCGCUUCCGUCCAUUUGGUACCAACAUCCUGUCCUUCUCCAUCAUUGCUCUGGCAGACCUACACAUUGACUGCCAGACGGGCAUGUCACCCCAAACACACACACUCCAUUUCAAUGACGAUGGCAAGAUUGUGCGCAUGGAACACUUGUAUGCCCUCAGCCCCUGGACUCUCAAGGCUUUGGGAAAACUCCAAGAGAUGGCAGCUGCUAGUGGAGGCAAGUAGACCUCCUCACUAUUCCGGUAGUACGUCGUACCCCUCUAGAGUACCUACAACGGAGCAUUCAGCAGUGUGAGCAGAAGCUGUCAUAAGGCAAGUUGCAAGACUCAUGAUUCAACCGGCUUCUGGUUUGUUUCUGUAGUCUUUUAGUUUAACCAGUGAUAAGUGAGUAUACAUUUAUGUUC